UCAUUUUGGAGUUACACUAUUUUGAAGUAAAAUUUGGAGUAAUACAUUGGAGAUGCUCUAAGAUAGAAUAAUGAAGAAAUGUUUCAUGUGUUCAAACAGAAAGCCUUGAAAGAAGAGCCGCCUACGUAUGAAGUGAGCCGACUAGUAGUGUUUAGGGAGCAAACAGAGCCAACACUGUUCACAAUAAUCCAUAGCCGACUCAACGAUUCCAAAAGAGACAAACUUUUAAGACAAGAGAGAGAGAAAAGUCUUUCUUCUCCAUCACCAUCUCUAUCUGCGCAUGUUUCCUCCAUAAAAACCAAAACAAACCUCCCCAAAAGCUCCAACCUUUAACCCAAAAGCUCCAAUCUUUCUUCUUUCCCGCGUCUUCUUGAUGACGACGUCUGACUCCGGCGAAUCACGACGCACGGCGAUGAGGCCUCACGGCGGAAUAACGGGGCUUCCACCGGCCACGGAGCAGCAAGAGCAGCUCCCGUGUCCUCGCUGCGACUCAACCAACACCAAGUUCUGUUACUACAACAACUACAACUUCUCCCAGCCUCGCCACUUCUGCAAAUCCUGCCGCCGUUACUGGACUCACGGCGGAACUCUCCGCGACAUUCCCGUCGGCGGCGGCACUCGCAAAGCCGCGAAACGCUCCCGCACUUGCUCCUCCUCCGCCGGAGUCCUCAACGCUCCGUUGCAAGCGACGCCUGUUCUCUUCCCUCAAACGUCGCUCUCUAACGGCGUUUGCCACGCCGUCACCGAAAACGACGGAAAGGGAAGUUCUUUAUCUCUCUGCGGCAGUUUCACGUCUCUCCUGAACCAAAACGGCAACGCAGAGAGUGCCACGACGCAUGGAACAGGCGGGUUUGGAAGCGGACUCGGGUCGGGUUUUGAUGACGUCAGCUUUGGACUCGGAAGAGCGGCUUGGCCGUUUUCGACCGUGGACGACGCUGCCACGACGAAUGUGGGGAGUAACGGUGGUCAUCACGCGGUUCAGAUACCCGCCACGUGGCAGUUCGAGGGUUUAGAGAGCAGCAACGCCGGUGGGUUCGUUCCCGGUGAGUACUUUGCGUGGCCGGACCUCUCCAUCACAACACCAGUGAGCUCACUCAAAUGAAUGCAAAGCUUCUGUCUUUACUAGAGGGUUUCUAUUGCUUUGGCUUUGUCUGAUCUCUUAGUCUUAGUGUGUCUGGUCGUUUUAGAACUUGUGUAAUGAAACAGAAAACAGAGCAAGUUUGUGUUUUUCUUUGUCUCUAAAAUCUUUACCUUGUUGCUUUGGACUCUGUUUUAUAAUUGCAAUGAUGAUACUUGUUUUUGGAACAACUCUUAAUGGGAACAGUCAGGUCUUGUAAGGAAUUGAUCUUGUUCAAUGGAUGAUGAUGAUCUACACAA